AGCGCCCUCCGGAGUCCCGUCGGUGGUGGUGUUCGACGGUGGCUCAAAAUUCGUUGCUCAGUCGCGCUCGAGGUGGCUCACCUCGACGGUCGCUGGUGAUAAGUGUUUUUUGCGUGUACAUAUACACACACUCACAUGCACACACAACACACACACACACUACUUUCUCAUUCACUCACUCACUCACUCACUCACACACGUACAUAUAUACAUCGGGAGUCGUGGUGCCGCUAUGCGAUGUCGCUCUUCGCACGUGGUGCGGCGUCGUCGGUUUUGGCUCCGCGAGUGAGAUGCACCAGCGAGCCGCAGACUCGCGGCACGCGGGCGGCGAUGCAACGGUGACGGGGGUGCGUUUACACGCGUUGCGACACCGUGCACGGUAACGCCGGUCGAGAAUGUAUCCGCCUAUGGGGUUGCCCGACGAGCCACGCUGCCAGAAGUAGCCGACUUCGUCGAGUCCUCGUCGAAUCAGAUGAAAGUGCUGUGAUUCUGGAAGAACUGAUGAAGAUUGUCGCGAAAGGAUUCGACAAUGUCUCGUGGUCUGUGGACCAUGAUCGAAGACCGUUGAUAACGUGUGACCGGUACAAAAUUUGUUGAUUGUUGUCGCUGAAAGAAUUCGAGUAGACAUUAUGGUAAGAUAAGCUUAGCUUAGCUUCAGUUUAUAUCUGAUUUAUAACGCGAAUAUCUCCACUUUACGAGUAUAUCAAAGGAGGUCCAAAGUUUACCCUUGACUCAUUUAAUUCUUCGCUCGUAUCGCGAGACUUUUCAAAACAUUCAACAUAUCGGAGAUAUUACAUACUCGUUUCCUGCAGCUUAACGUUUCACUCGAUAUCCGUGUAUCCAGGUUUCGUCUUUCCAGCAAUUCUCCAAUUUCUUGCACACAAAACAUCCUCGCGUCGGAACCUUAAUGCAAAAACGUCGGAACUCGCAGAUGAAUCAGUUUAAGAGACAUAGACAGUGGCAGUAACUAUCACUUGCGCGCAAAAACCGCCACGUGACCGCACGAUGCAGUCGCGUUAAUCAGCGGGCUCGUCUUCCGUCUGAAUGAAAAACCGGGCGGUCUUCAGUAGAGCAACGUGUCUCAUCUCGACAGGACAAUUUGCGUGUCAGUGAACGAGCGACAGAGCUGACCGGGAAAGGGAACAUCUCUGGGCCAAACAAAAGCGGGAUGUACUGUCGCCGUGUCUGUAGUCCACUGUGACGAAGUUUUGUCCACUCGACCGAGCGGUUCACUGAUAAAGUCCGCAGAAGAGGAUGGAAAGGGCUAGUGGUUGGUUGGAGGAAACUCACGAAAAUGCGUGUUUCGGGACGCGGAGGCGACCCGGAAGGUGCGACUGGCGCUGUUGUCCAGUUCCGAAGAGGUCUCGAUGCGAGGCUCAGGUCCGCGUCACCCGGUGAUUCGAGGACGAGACACCGAAAGGCCGAUUCCGAGCACUCUAGACGAUUGAAUGGGAGCUAAGGCGACACCAACGAGAAGAGAUGCCUGGUAUCGUGGUAUUCCGACGCCGAUGGAGCGUCGGCAGCGACGACCUCGUCGUGCCCGGCGCUUUCCUGUUCAUCGUACAUCUUAUAUGGGUGACAGUGCUGGGGAUUCUGCUGGGGAUUCUCAAAUGGGAUCGCAGCGUUACGUGCAUCUUCCUUCUCUGGGAAUACGUUGUAGGACACUUGGUAAUUUUUAUCCUCUCCAUGCUAGUCGAAUUUUCGAUCUGCUUCCUGGCUACCAGAGGAAGCAUCCUGGACACUGCGGCAAGGGCACCGAUGCAAUACAUUCUUUAUAUUCGACUUUUUCUGUUGCUGGUGGAAGCUGGAUGGCUGUGUGCAGGUGUAACGUGGUUAACGCACUACUACCAAUCCUGCCCGGUCGACCAAGUCAGGGAUGUAAUGUUAGGUUUAGUCGUAUCGAACUGGUGCGUGCUGGCGUUCGUGAUGGUGACUGUGUGGUGCACGUAUGACGCGGCUGGUAGAUCGUGGGUGAAAAUGAAGAAAUAUCAGCGCAGCAUGAGGGAGGCGGAAUCAAGAUGCGGUAAAUUACAUUACAACCGAAGCGGCAGCAGGAAAAGAAACUGGCGACAGAGAAAAGUGAUACGCGCGUACCAGGAUAGCUGGGACAACAGGUGCAGGGUGUUGUUCUGUUGCAUGGGUAAUUCUGACAGGAGUCGAAACUCGUUCGCUGACAUCGCGAGGUUGCUGAGCGAUUUCUUCCGCGACCUUGACGUGGUGCCAUCAGACGUGGUCGCCGGCCUGGUGCUGUUGAGGAAGUUCCAGAAAAUCGAGCGCGAGCUGAUCGUGAAGCAACGGAAAAACGACACGUACGAGUUUCUGUCCGGCGUGCCAGUUACUCCCCGCACGAAAUUCCUGUCCUUGACCGAGGACGGUGAUCUGGGCCAUUUUCAGUCUGCCAUUCAUUACAUGCACUUCGCUCUGGCUGCUUAUGGCUGGCCCAUGUUCCUCGUUAAUCACUCGUCCGGCCUCUGUCAGCUGUGCGCAAGAUUACGAUGCGGCUGUUUCCCGUGCGGCCGGCACCAGGACGACGCGACCGUGGUCGAGGACAAUUGUUGCCAGUGCAAUUACGUCGCGCUGAGGAAGAUGGUCGACGUCGCCGAGGUGGAGGUCAUUUACGCGACUUUCCACGUCGACGUCGGUGAGACGCCGUUCUUCGUCGCGCUCGAUUUCACGAGGAAAAAGGUGGUCGUGAGUAUACGAGGCACCCUUAGCAUGAAGGACGUGCUAACGGAUCUGAACGCAGAGGGUGAAGUGUUACCAUUGUCACCGCCAAGGGAGGAUUGGCUGGGUCACAAGGGGAUGGUUCAAGCCGCCGAAUAUAUCCGUAAAAAGCUGCUCGAGGAAGGAAUCAUAUCCCGCGCUUUGGCCAAGGAUCCCUCGAGGGGAACCGAUCAAUUCGGCCUGGCACUGGUUGGCCAUUCCUUAGGAGCGGGCACAGCAGCUAUCCUGGCGAUAUUGCUGAAACAGGACUACCCAGACCUAGUGUGCUUUUCGUUUGCUCCACCAGGCGGUCUGUUGAGCAUGCCCGCACAGCAGUACACGCAAGAAUUUAUUACAUCCGUAGUGGUUGGAAAAGACGUUGUGCCCAGGAUAGGACUACGGCAAAUGGAAAGCUUGAGGGCCGAUCUUAUCAACGCCAUAAAAAGGAGCGUCGAUCCCAAGUGGAAAACGAUAGCGUGCUCGGUGAUGUGUUGCGGUUGCGGUUCCACCCCCACCUCGGCCGCAAAUUUAGAGGCCGGCGGAUGCAUCAGCGAGUAUCAGAGGGACAAAGAUUUAGCCCGUUCGCAGACCGUUGUGCCGAGCGACUCUAGUAUCGCGUUGACGUUGCAUAGACCCCUCUACCCGCCUGGUCGAAUCAUACACGUUGUACGACAUCAUCCAAACAAGGGAGAGCAGAAGUAUGAGAGCCGCUGGAGACAGGUGUUGAAGAAACGAGAACCAGUGUACCAGGCGCUGUGGGCGGGGCCGUGCGACUUCGACGAGGUGCUGAUCAGCCCGGUGAUGAUACAGGACCACAUGCCGGACAAUAUGCUGAAAGCGUUGAACAAGGUGUCAGCGUGCAGAGAUCGGGGCGCCGCGGAGGCCGGUGCAGCAACGCAUGCAACGGCUGCGACGGACCCAGGGAGCCAACGUAGGCCCGAUCAGCGACACGUCGUACACCACCAUCAAAGUACACUGGCCACCUUGCAAAGCCGCGACGCCGACCUCAAUGCCACCACACACUCUUCUCGCCACGACACAAGGACGACUCGGCGAGGCGACUGGGACGACGCAUCUCGAACGGCGCCGCUCGCGACACCGGAAACUCUCUCGGAAGCGUCGAGCAAUCCACCAUCACCGGUACCACCACCGAGACCAAUGAGACGCACCCCGAAGAUAUCGGGAAACUUGUCAACGGCGGCGGACGACCUGAAGAACAACCUUCACUUCGCUAUGCUCUCGGCGAAGAAUUACUUCCUGAGAGAGGGGAACAACGGCAGUAACACAAGCAGCGGAAAUAGCGAGGCGAGCUACGAGAGCGCCAAAAGCUUAACCGCUGGUCUUCCGCCGCCGGUGCCGAGGAGACGGGACUCGGUCAUCGUCAGAAGAGAGCAAAGGGUAUGCACAGCUGCAUGCUGCAGAGACGAUUUAUCCGAAAAUUCAUCACCCCACACCUCUUCUCAUUCCUCUGGAGCGUCUCACGCAUCCAACCAAAUACAGCAAGGCUACGCCGAAGAGGAGAACGACACGAACGGUUCCAGCUUAGACUUUUACGAAGCUAAGGGUUCCUCUGGGCAACGCGACAGUAGCAACGAUGUGUUUCUCAGCGUUAGAAGUUCUCCGGAGUGCAAAGGCCUUAUGGCACCAGCGACAGAUUUAGGAGCAGAAUGGAAGAAGAAAUUCGACGCGACAGGGUUGAGCGGAGACGCUUCGUUGCCGCUUCUACGUGGGCUUUCGCCGACACCCGCGCACGGACAACAUAGUUCCCCAUUUUUUAGCGCAAAACGGAAGAAGUACGUGUACCCGAUCACGCUGGUUGGUCGAGGCGAAAGUAGCGUUUAAUAGUCAAAUUUUCGACCGACCGGGGACCAUACACAAAGGGCCAGGAUAGGUGUAAAAUAAUUGUUAGGUAUCUGUGCCAACACCACAGUCUUGUGUGAUUAUCUGAAAUUGUGUUUAACGAAUCCUUGAAUGGGGAUGCGUUGUUAAAAUAUUCUAAAAAUUAAGGGGCCACGUAUCGCAGCCUCCUUUUAUAUGGACUUUCGCUGAAGUUUAUGGCACACUCAAUGAACUCGCAGUUCAAUAUUAUGCUGUAAAAUUUCCCACUGUAAGGGGUAGAUAGUCAAAUUUGAAUGCUAUUCGAUUUUUAUCGUAGGGCUCUUCUUUCUCUUUGUACAAACAGCAACUUCAACGACGAAGCAAAGUAUUUUUUAAGUCGAAAACGUUUUCUGUCAAGUGAAUGCAAACAUAAUAUAUAUAUGAUGAGUCACCAAAAACAGAAUAUCUAAAUGUCUCUGUUUUGAAAUUGAGAAUAGAAAAAAUGACCAAGAGCCGUUGUUUAUCUAAAAUGAAAGAGACUAGAAAAUCUAGAAAAAUGAGGAGAAUGUAAUACAUACAACAUGAAAGAAAUUUCUGAAUACAAGGUCAUUUCAAAAUCAUAGUAAAUUAAGUCAAAGUUAAACCCGGGUUAAUAUCAGUUAUAAUACCAUUAAAUUAAAAGUGUAUGGUAUCACAUAAAGAAAUGUAGUUGAACCUUAAAAUAACAUCAUUUUUAUCUCGCACACUUUUUUUAUUCUCAAUUUUCAUGCAGAUACUUGAAUGUGCUGUUUCUUGUGAUUCACCCUGUAUAUAUAUACAUAUAUAUAUAUAGAGUUAAUUAUGUGUAAAUAGUUGACAUAUGAAGCUCGUAGGAAGUUAUUAAGAAGGCAAUGUAUUACAUAAAUAAUAGUUUAUAUAAAUUGAAAUGCCUUGCUACUAAAAAAUCAUACAAUUUUUUUUUUAUGAAAUUUCACUUAUGUAAUCACUAAAUAUUAUAGUGCCACCAAACUAUGUGGACAUUACAUGACAACUGCACUGGCCUAUUCUAUACUGAUAUUGUUUAAUACGAGAACUGGAACAGAUGAUACAUUUUGUACAGUUUUUUAAUAGUACCACGAAAUAUACAGAAUAAAUGGUUUGUUAAAUGUAUCAUUUAUAAUAAACUAUAUAUAAUUUGACCAUAUUAUUUAAUAUGAGCAUUCUAUUUGAAAGUAACAAAUUAUUUUAUUCAUAUUUUUGAAUAAUUAUGAUUAUUUUUUUCUCGUUUUUUUUAAAUGUAGAAAUGGGACUGAAUACACGUAUGUAUAAAGUAUAUAUGGAAUGUAAGAUAUGCAACUACUGAAAUAAGCUGAUUGUAUAAUGAUGAUUGAAUGGAGAGGCAUGAUUUUUACUAGUAAUAUCUUGAUAACUGAAAUUCCAAAGUCACUGUAUUUAUGUAAAAAGUAGAUAAUAUAUUUAACUCUAUUCAAUAUUUAUUGAACUUAUUGUAAGUGAUACUUGUAGUAUACUUAGGAACAAAUGAAAUAUAGAAGAAAAAUUCAUUUAAUGUAAUAAAGUACAAUACUUUUUAAGAAAUAAAAAAAU